CAGAGAAAAUCGAAGAAAAAAAUGUCAUUGUUUAGAAUUGAUUUGUAGAAAUUCCAAACCCCAUUGCCCUGUUUUUCGACCAGAGUUUAAGUGCAUGCGAUCGGAGAGAAGUGAGGAUGGGUCACCGCAACAUUUGCUGCGACGGCUGUGAGAGGCGCGACUUCCGGGGUCGCCGCUACCGCUGUUUGCGCUGCGUGAACUUCGACCUGUGCGGCGAUUGCUACGACAGGCGGUUUGAGUCUCCGGAUCAUCACACCGACCAUCCCAUGCAGCUAAUCCCGGACCCGGAUGAUCCGCAGCCGAGUCUGCUGCUCAACGGCGAAGUGCCGGAAGUGGUGCACCUGCCCAAUUGCUUCACCUGUCCGUAUUGCGGAGAAUUCGGCCACACGGCCAAGCGGCUGAUCGAGCACGUGUGUGGACGCCAUCGCCUGGCCGAAGGCUAUGUGGUCUGCCCCCUGUGCGCCGGACUGCCGGCCGUCGAGCUGGUGGCCAUUCAAAAUCUGUCGGGUCAUCUCCUGCUCAACCACAUCGAUCACGCCAACUUCCUGGAGCCGGAAACGCCGCCCCUGCGAAGGACAUUCAACCGGAGUCGCAGCCGCCGACGCCGCUUGUUGCAGUCGCAACAAUUGCAGCAACCCAGCAAUGUGAUCCUGCAGCUCGACGCUGCCCCUUGGAGCCCCACCGAUCCCCAGCUGCCCCCCAGCAUUUUGGUCGAUCCGCCAGAGGAGCAGACUCCUUCCAGCCCGAUCAUUGAGGAACCCCAGCCCAAGGAGCAGCCCGAGCGGUAUCUUUUGCUGCAGUGGGUCGCGCAGCAGGAAGUGCGCUGCCAGCAGGAAACGGAAGUGGGCGGAAGUCGACGACGAAGACACGCCCUCUUCGCCGAGCACCUGAUAGUUUCCAUGCUGUGCAGCGAGGAACUGCAAAUGCCCGAGGAGAGGGUCCGGAAUCGGGAUCAGCGGCUCGGCCUGUCCAAGGUCAUGUCGGUGAUGUCCUUGCCGUGGACAAGAGCCUGGCAGGCCACCCAGCUGGGCGGUUCGGAAGGCGAGGGAUCCGGGCUCCAGGGAGCCACUAAGCCAGAGAUUCUACUGGCCGACGGGCGGGAACAGCAGGCGAAACCGGAAAAGACUCCGGUUGAGGAGGCCAUUGAUUAGGUGCCACAUGGCCAAUUUUGUCUAUGUUUUUAUUUCCCAGCAUGUUGAUCCCGAUUUGUGGUUGUGUUUUUAUUUCAAUGCCAGAAACAACAAAAUUUUUGUGAUCA